AUAAUUGUUGAAUUUAGGAAAAUAAUAAAACAAAAGCAAAAUGUUUAAAAAAUGGAAUCAAAUUGUUAAAACAAUUAAUUUCAAAAAAUCUAUUUCAGUAUUUCACCCUAAUCUUAAAAAAAGCAAUAAAGAUAUCUUAAAUGCUUCAAAGAAUGAUUUUAGGCUUAAAAAGGAGAGUCCAUUUAUUUACAAUGCUUUGGAAACUUCAACUGAUGAGAAAUCAUUGAAUGUUAAACUUGCAUACCAGCAUACAAAUAAUUUAUCAGAAGUUAACGAAAAAGAACGUGUUUACAUAAUACAACCAAACUUUAAAUGGGGUAAACACAGACAUUUAACAAAACUAUGUGAAAGUCGACUUGAAGAAGCUGAGGCACUUAUAAAUAGCAUUGAACAUUGGAAGGUAAAUUCCACUCGUAUUGAAUCUAUACAUGAAGAUAAUCCAAAACUGUUUUUUGGUUCAGGGAAAUUAAAUGAGAUAUCUGACCAUGUUAAAAAGCUUGUUGAAUCUGGAGAAAUUACAGCAGUGUUCAUUAACACUGGAAAACUUACAUCCCAACAAAUUAAAGAACUUCAAUCAGCAUUGGGUUGCAAAAUAUUUGAUAGAUAUCGUGUUGUUUUGGAUUUGUUUAAAAAACGUGCAGGCACAAAAGAAGCACAAUUGCAAGUUAAGCUGGCAGAGAUCCAGUAUUUAAGAUCACAUCUUACAUCAGAUGAAGCAAAUUAUGAUCAGCAAAGAGGCGGUGGAAUGAUGAUGUCUGGAGCUGGUGAAACAGUUAUUGACAUUAAACGCAGGAAAGACUACACUAGCAAAAUGCUUAUCUCAUGAUAUUUCUCUAACUCCAGAAGACAAACUUUUUGCAACAUUAGAUUCUACUGCUCAUAAAGGAAAACUUCCAUGUGGUUUGAGCAUUAUUUAUAUGGAUACUGUAGGGUUUAUAUCUGAUUUGCCUCAUGAACUUGUUGAGUCAUUUUCUACAACAUUAGAUGACCUCAAAACAGCUGAUUUGCUUUUGCAUGUAUGUGACUGUUCUCAUCCUGAAUUUGAACUUCAAAUAGAAACAGUUUCUAAUGUACUAAUGAAGUUAAAUUUGCCAGAAAAUUUAUUAUCAAACAUGGUUAAUGUUUUCAAUAAAGUUGAUUUAAGCAAUGCUUUACAACUACAAGACAGCAAAGAUGCUCAUUUUGUAUCUGCCAAACAUGGCGAUGGUAUAGAUAACUUGAGAUUGACUGUUGAAAAAAAAAUUUUAAGUUUAACAAAAAGAAGCGUGGUCAACAUUCGUAUUGAUCAAACAGGAAAUGAAUUGAGCUGGCUUUAUCACAAUGCAACAGUAGUAAAGGCUGUUUCUAACGAAGAUGGUACAUUAGAUGUUGUAACGAUCCUUGAUAGCGCCACUAAAAACAAAUUUGAAAAACACUUUAAAAAAUGUUUACUAUAAGAAAAAAAUAAAUAUUCUCUAGCGUA